CCCCAGCCCAGAGCCUGCUGAGCCAGCUCCAGCUUUGUGUCACAGGGCAUGGGCCCUGGUGUCUGCCAGACUAUAAAAUGGGGGGUCGGCCCCCAGUCACCCACUGCACCAGUCCGCCCGUCUGCCUGCCUGUCCUUUAGCAGGAAGUAGCAGGUCCCCAGGCCAAAGGUUCCUUUGCAGGGGUUUGCAGGUGGGGACCAUGUCUCAGGCUGUGAAGGCCUCAGCUACAGCGGCAGCGAACACAGGGCCUGAUGGGAAGGGGAAAGGGGCCCCAGCGGCAGGACCGGCCCCCGGCCCCGGCCCCGCCCUGGCCCCCGCAUCCGUGCCCACGACAAAAGCGGGGGACCUGCCUCUGGUUAGCUACAAGCUGGUGGUCUUUGAGCAGGAGAACUUCCAGGGCCGGCGUGUGGAAUUCUCUGGGGAGUGCUUGAACCUGGCGGACCGUGGCUUCGACCGAGUGCGCAGCCUCAUUGUCACCUCGGGACCCUGGGUCGCCUUUGAGCAGUCCAACUUCCGGGGGGAGAUGUUCGUCCUGGAGAAGGGCGAGUACCCGCGCUGGGACACGUGGUCGAGCAGCUACCGCAGCGACAGGCUCAUGUCCUUCCGGCCUAUCAAGAUGGACUCCCAGGAGCACAAGAUCUGCCUGUUUGAAGGUGCCAACUUCAAGGGCAACACCAUGGAGAUCCAGGAGGACGAUGUGCCCAGUCUCUGGGUCUAUGGCUUCUGUGACCGCGUGGGCAGCGUGAGGGUCUCCAGUGGAACCUGGGUCGGCUAUCAAUAUCCCGGCUACCGCGGGUACCAGUACCUCCUGGAGCCAGGCGAAUUCCGGCACUGGAACGAGUGGGGGGCCUUCCAGCCGCAGAUGCAGGCCGUGCGUCGCCUGCGUGACAGGCAGUGGCAUCAUGAGGGCUGCUUCCCGGUCCUCGCCACCGAGCCCCCCAAGUGAAGCCAUCCACACUCUGCUCUUCUCCCUUGCCCCGCCCCUCCCCCAGACCCGGUUUGCCCAUCUUUCCCGUGCAAAUAAAAGUUCCUAAAGCCAAA